AUGCAGUUUACUGCUUUGUGGAAAGUUUGCCUCCUGGGCUUGACUAUUCCCUCUGUCCUCGCCCACCCAGGCGAACACGAGAAACACGAUGCCCACGCCAACCUCCAAAAGCGCAUGUUCAAAGAGCACGCCCGUCGCGGCCUAGAGAAAUGCGCAAAGCGCUUCGAGUCCAGCGGUCUCAAUGCUCGAGCCGAGGCCCGCCGUCGCGCAACCUACGACCUCCACCGCCGCCACCUAGGAAUUCGAGACACGGACGACGUCCUCGCAAAAUCCCACUUGGUCAAUGACUCUAGCAUCACUGCAUAUACACCCGCAGAUAGUCUGUUCAACACCAGCUCGACCUGUGUUCUGAACCCUGAAGGCGAGACAGGUCCCUACUACGUGCUGGGCGAGCUGAUCCGCUCAGACAUCCGCGAAGGCCAGGCGGGUGUGCCGAUUAUUUUCGACGCUCAGUUUGUCGACGUGGAGACCUGUGAGCCGAUUGAGGACCUAUACUUUGAUAUCUGGAACUGCAAUGCUACGGGUGUUUACUCUGGUCUUGUGGCUACCGGCAAUGGAAACACGGCCGAUACGUCGAAUUUGAACGCGACUUUCCUGCGUGGCAUUCAACCGACUGAUAGCGAUGGUGUUGUGCAGUUUAAUACCCUCUUCCCGGGUCAUUACUCUGGUCGGACGACUCAUCACCAUGUUGUUGCGCAUUUGGAUGUGACUGUCUUGGCGAAUAACACUAUCACCGGUGGAACUGUUGCGCAUAUUGGCCAGUUCUUUUGGGAUCAGGAUCUUAUCUAUGAGGUUGAGGCUACAUAUCCGUAUAGUAGUAACAACAUUACUAUCACGACUAAUGCGGACGAUCGUGUGUUUUCUACAGAGACUGCGGACUCGACUUCGGAUCCUGUUAUUAAUUAUGUGAAGCUGGGUGAUGAUCUCAGUGAUGGUUUGUUGGGUUGGGUCACUGUUGCAGUUAACACUUCUGCUACCUAUGAUCCUAACUAUAGCUUUGUUUACACGGCUAGUGGUGGUGUUGCUGAGUCUGGGGGUGGUACUGAUGAUGUUAGUGGUGCUGGUGGAGAUUCUUCUCCCUCUUUUACUGGUUCUAGUGGUGCUCCUGGUGCUACUGGCUCUGGCCCGUCCGGUGCUGGUGGCUUCCGCCGAAGAUCUCACUAA